UCCACCAGGGACCGAAUCGGAACCAAACACGGACAACCAUCUGGAUUUAAACACGCAGGACCGGGUUCUCACCGGGACCCAGAGUCCGAGGAGGAGGUCGGUGCUCCUGGACUCUGUCUGCCUGCAGAGGGUGACACGGAGCGGGAUGAAGCAGCUCACACAGCCGCGCUAACAACCGACCACGGUAAAGCACCGAGUCACGGAGACGCGGUCGUUGCCGCCGCCGGGCUUUAAAACGGGGUUUUGUUUCAAACCGAACUUCUGAACAGAACCCGUGGUUCUGUUGGUGGAAGCAGGCUUCCGGUCCACCAGAUGUUGGCCUGGUGAUGAUGCUUAGAGCUGGACUGUUGUCCUCACAACACCUGCCAGACUGAACCCAGGGUUUACUGGGGCAGGCCGAGGACAGGAACAUGCACAUCUGGAGGACAUUCUGAGACAGAUAACAUCUGGAGGACAUUCUGAGACAGAUAUUAACAUCUGGAGGACAUUCUGAGACAGAUAUUAACAUCUGGAGGACAUUCUGAGACAGAUAUUAACAUCUGGAGGACAUUCUGAGACAGAUAUUAACAUCUGGAGGACAUCCUGAGACAGAUAUAAACAUCUGGAGGACAUUCUGAGACACGUCGUCUCAGUGAUGCAGCCAAGAAAGCCAUCGGUAAGCUGACGACAAGGACGGUGAAGAGAGGAGACAAGGAAACCGAUCCGGACUUUAACCACUGUGCCGUGUGUAUUGAAGCGUACCAGCUGAACGAUGUGGUUAGAAUUCUUCCCUGCAAACACGUCUUCCAUAAGGUGUGUGUGGACCCAUGGCUGAACGAACACUGUACCUGUCCCAUGUGCAAACUCAACAUCCUCAAAGCUCUCGGCAUCAUGACCAGUCUUCCCUGCGUGGACACCGUGGUGUUGGAUGUGGAACGUCUGGGUGUCGCUCAGCCUCCCGGCGGCCAGAGGGCGCCGCUGAACGAUGGCGGCCAGCCGUCCAUCAGCUUGGAGCCGCUCAGUCCCGCCCACCCUGAGACCACGCUCAGAGCACAUGCUGACAUCACCGUCGCCGUAACCAGCGGGGGUCACUUCUUCAACAGGAGCUCCGUGUCUCCUCGUAACGUUGUCUGUGAGAUGGAGCUGCCGGACAUCCAGGCUUCCCUCGAUCACUAUGAGGACAAUAAGUCCUGAGACUGCCUGCCAUGAUCUCCACUGCCCAGCUGCUGAUGGACAUUUAUGGACACAGGAAGUCCUCGGGGUGUUUCCUGUUGGGGUGUGGGCUUGUUUUUGUUGGGGAGGACUGACGACCCAGGACUGGAUGAAUACCUACGUAAAGUUUUACCACUAAUGUUUCCAAAAAACAAAAGUUCCCCAAAGUAUCCUGGAACUGGAACAAAGUUGCUUGAAAACGUUCUGAAACUUCUAAAUGUAAAUUUGCUGGCAAAUUUAUGGACCUCUUAAAAACUUUGGGUUUUUCUUCUGGUUGCCGCGAAGGUGUGCCUGAAAAGAAGGUUUGGGGUUUUUCCGGGAAAAGAUCCCAGGUUCCUAAUGGUCUUCAUUACUCUCGCUCCCUGAUGAGUUUGAAGAAGUUUCUCUUGAAGUUUUUAGAAGAAGUUCUUGAAAUUCGCACCAGGAGGCACUUUGGGAGAAGAAGUUCCUGACACUUUAGUGAGGUGUCUGAUUUCUGUGAAAACAAUGAGCUCAAAAGGUCCGUAAGUGUCUCUUAAGUCUUAAAUGUGCUCUUUUUGGAAAAUUACAAGUUCCUAAAAAUGAUCCUGGAAAAUUCCCACUAGGAUCUCUGUUUCACUCUUCUGAGCCCCAAAGACGGUUGCGAAGGUCUCCGACCYUCAUGGACUCUGAUACUGACCCUACUGGUCUUGUAUUGACUGAUCCUGUUCUCUGCAUCGUGUGGGAACCAGAACCAGAACCAGCGUGUGUCCUCCUGAACUUGGACCUGGACCCUCUGGAGGACCAACGUUAAGAACUUUGACUGUGGAUGAUCCUUCUGUUGUGAAAACGUCCAACAAACUGUCCGCAGAUCCGAAACUUUAGAUCCGAAAGGAGCCGACCGACAUUUCAUUAAACCUCCAGUUGUUUGGGAUUCUGUAGGAUCUGGGCCGGUCUGGGUUCUGGGACCUCACAGGGAUUUAAAGGAGCAUUCCAACAGUUUUAAGCAGCUUUGUGUCGUCCUCUGAUUUUAGGGAUGAGCAAGUUUUCAGAUAAAUUAUAGCUGAAAUUAAUGCUAAAUAAAAUGCCUGAAACUCUAAGAUCAGCUGUUAGCUGUAAUGUUAGCUCCAGCUGUUAGCUCUAAUGUUAGCUCCAGCUGUUAGCUCUUUUAGCUCCAGCUGUUAGCUCUUUUAGCUCUAGCUGUUAGCUGCAGAUGUUAGCAGCAGGCCCUGUAUGUUAUCUCCAGACGUCAUGAUAAACUCAUUAUCUUAGCGUUAGCACAGAUCCAGAACCAGAACCCUGACCUGAACCUUGACCUGUAGCUUUAAAGCAGAGCGACGUUGGAUCAGUUUCUGCUCAUCAUCUGUGGGUUUCCUGAAAUGACGGACCGAGUCUUUAAAGUUAUAAUCAGCCGCUUCUGAAUUAUCAGCGUGUGAAAAUAAUCCGUAUAUAAACAGCAUUAUACAAUCUAUAAUCUGACUGAUUAAUCAAUAUUAUCUCCAAGUGACCUGAAGAUGUCCGGAGGGACACUCAGCUGCUGACUUUGUCUCUCUGUGUGUGUGUGAUGAUGAUGAUGAUGAUGAAUGUGUGAUGCUUCCUGUCCACUGUGUCUUUACUGCCGCAGCAUCUACUGUCAUUAAAGUGUUGGUUCGUCUGCA